AUGGCCGUUGAAGAUCCAUCUUCUCCCCAUGGUCUGAAACUAGCAAUCGAAGAUUACCCUUAUGCCAAUGAUAGUCUUGAGUUAUGGGCCAUCAUCAAACAAUGGGUCAGCGACUAUGUCAAUCACUACUAUCCAGAAGCAAGUCUCAUUGAGUCUGAUUCUGAGCUCCUAGCAUGGUGGGAAGAAGUACGUACUGUAGGCCAUGGUGACAAAAAGGAUGAACAAGGGUGGCCUGAGCUAAAAACACCGCAGGACCUUAUCGAAAUCAUCACAACUAUUGUAUGGGUUGCCUCGGGUCACCAUGCUGCUGUGAACUUUGGACAAUAUGCUUAUGCAGGGUAUGUCCCAAAUAGGCCUACAAUUACUAGACGAAACAUGCCAAAUGAAGACAAAAAAGAUAAGGAUUGGAAAUUGUUUUUGGAAAAACCUGAAGAAAUACUUUUGAAAACCUUCCCUUCACAACUUCAGGCAUUAAAAGUGAUGUCUACGUUGAGUGUCUUAUCUGAACACUCUCCUGAUGAGGAGUAUCUAGGUAAAAAAAUAGAGCCAGUUUGGGCUGAGGAUCCUGUUAUAACUAGCGCUUUCGAUAAAUUUCAUGGUAGUUUAAACAAGCUUGAAAGCACUAUAGCUACAAGGAAUGCUGACGAGAAUUUGUUUAACAGACAUGGAGCUGGUGUUAUGCCUUAUGAGUUAUUGAUACCAUUCUCCGGAAAAGGGAUUACAGGGACAGGAGUCCCCUAUAGCAUCUCCAUUUGA